UUUAUUGGACGAAGGAUGCGCAUACGUCAUCAAGUUGGGACGAGCAGACAUGGCGUUUGUUGCUGUUUGCUAAACGUUAAGCUGUAUUACAAAUACACACAAUACUGCUAUUUUAAACACAUUUAGACAUUAUUCAAACGCUGGAGGCUGUGUUGUGUGUCACAUGAGUCCAGUAUGAGUGGGGGUUUGGCACCAAGCAAGAGCACAGUGUAUGUGUCCAACCUGCCAUUCUCUCUCACCAACAAUGACCUACACAAGCUAUUCACCAAAUAUGGAAAAGUUGUAAAGGUUACGAUCGUUAAGGACAAAGACACUCGCCAGAGUAAAGGGGUGGCGUUUGUUCUCUUCCUGGACAGAGAAUCCGCUCAUAACUGUGCGAGAGCAGUGAACAACAAACAGUUGUUUGGCAGAACAGUGACAGCGAGCAUCGCCGUAGACAACGGGCGAGCAACUGAGUUCAUAAGAAGACGGAACUACACAGACAAGACUAAAUGUUACGAAUGUGGGGAUACAGGUCAUCUGAGCUACGCAUGCCCCAAAAACAUUCUGGGAGAGAGGGAACCUCCGAAGAAGAAAGAAAAGAAAAAGAAGAAAAGGGCUGAAGAACCUGAGCAUGUUGAAGAAGAACAAGAAGAAGAAAGUGAAGAAGAGGGAGAGGACCCAAACUUAGAUAGUCUGAGCCAAGCCAUAGCUUUUCAGCAAGCCCGUAUCGAGGAAGAGGAGGUACAGAGGAAGCAGGCACGUAUGUCUCAAGAGGACGGCGGUCUAGCUUCAACGUCUUCAGACUCCAAGAAACCAAGGAUCAAAAAGAGCGCGUACUUCAGUGACGAGGAGGAGCUCAGUGACUAAUAAUAAUAAUCAUUAUAAUACAUCAAAUAUUGCUUUAUUUUUCUAAGUUGUAUUGUAUUAUAUAGUGGGGAUGCUUCCAAUUAUACUUUUUUUUUUAUUCUUCUUGUACAUAGAACUAGGGCUUUUUUUCUGUUUCUAAAAAUAAAGUAAUUGUUCUUGGGUUGAUUGAGUCUUUUUCUACGUCAGUCAAUAAAACCGUGUUUCUUAACGA